AUGAAUACACGAGGCAUCAGUACAGAGCGCGGAGAGCAGGCGGACUGUCGCGUCGGGAGCAGGCGGCUGCCGACGAGCGUGCAUGACGCUACACACACCGAGCAAUACUGCCCGCAGAGCGUCGAAGUUGAACAGCAGCAGGCACCGGAAGCUGCUGCCGCUGCGACAGACGUGACUGGCGCGCGCGCGGGCCCACGCCCAGCCCGCGGCCCGCUGCCGCCCACCGCGCCGCUAGUGCACAGGUGCAGUGUCAACAGCGAGCCAUCCCCAGGAUAA